AUGCCUCCUGCGACCAUGAAGCAAUGGGUCAUCCAAGACAAGGAACACGACCUCGAUGGCCUUGUCUAUAAGGAUGCGGAGGUCCCGGAAGUCGGUGAAAACGAAGUCUUGGUGAAGCUCCAGGCUGCGUCACUGAACUACCGUGACCUUAUUAUCCCGAAGGGCCAAUACCCAUUCCCUGUCAAUCUCCCUGUUGUCGCCGGCUCGGAUGGUGCUGGCGAAGUCGUGGAAGUGGGAUCUAAGGUUGUCGAGUUCAAAAAGGGUGAUCAAGUGGCAACUCUUUUCAACCAGGGCCACCAAUUUGGUGAAAUGGACCUGCACGCCGCCACGACCGGCCUAGGUGGCGCAAUCGACGGUACCCUGCGGGAAUAUGCCGUCUAUAACGAGCAGGGGCUGGUUAAGGCACCAAGGAACCUGACGGCUCUCGAGGCCAGCACUCUUACUUGCGCGGCCCUCACCAGUUGGAAUGCUCUCUAUGGGUUGAAGCCCGUGAAGUCGGGCCAGGUCGUUCUUGUGCAAGGAACUGGCGGUGUUAGCACGUUCGGUUUGCAGUUCGCUAAAGCUGCUGGUGCAACUGUUAUUGCCACCACUUCUUCAUCCGAAAAGGCCGAUAAGCUCAAGAAGCUCGGUGCGGACCAUGUCAUUAACUAUAAGGCUGACCACAACUGGGGUGACGCUGUCCGCAAGCUGACUCCCGAAGGAGCUGGCGUGGACCACAUUAUCGAAGUGGGCGGAAGCGGCACUCUUCGGCAGAGCUUCAAGUGUGUGAAGUUCGAGGGUAUUAUCAGUGUUAUUGGUUUCGUCGGAGGCGUUGAUCCUAAGAUCCAGCCGACUGUGCUGGAAACGUUGACUCACAUUUGCACUGUUCGCGGUGUCUAUGUUGGUAGCAAGGCCCAGAUGAGGGACAUGGUCCGGGCUAUUGAGGCCAAUGAUAUCCACCCCGUAGUGGAUGACAAGGUCUUCAGUCUACAUCAGGCUCGGGAAGCUUAUGAUUACAUGUGGGCUCAAAAGCACUUCGGCAAGUUGACGAUCAAGAUCACCUAA